AUGUGGCACUUAAGGUUGUCAAGCACGUCAUUCGACCCAAGGGUGGUUUAUGAUGGACACCCUACAUUGUUUACCAUCAAGCUACAUCAUGGAGGUGAGUUCACAAAGUUUCCAAAUGUCAACUACAUUGAGGGUACUGUGACGUAUGUAGAUAUGGUGGAUAUAGAAGAGUUUUCUAUUCACGAGAUGGAUGCGAUUAUGAAAGGGUUAGGAUACUCAGUUCCUCCGGUUAUCUACUAUCAUUUUCGAGUGCCAAAGGGAGACAUGCAUUUUGGGCUACGGGCCCUGGGAAAUGAUGAUGAUGUCCUCAAUCUUUCCCAGUAUGUGAAGGAGCAUAAACUGAUAAGGGUUUACACCGAGCAUGGUAUUACUAACUUGCUUACUUACUUUAUGGCUCCUAAACCUGUAAGAAAAGUUAUUAUUGAGCAAUUAGAGGAGAUCGAUGAACAUCAAACCCCACCAACUAAUAACCAACCCAGUGGCAUGCCACAAACAUGCAUACCACCUGUGAUAGCAAAUGAAGCUGCUUUAGCCUUGUCAAUAUCCCCUGAAUAUAAUAAAAAAAGGGAAUUUAUCAAGGACAAACCAUUAUCAUCAUGUAUUAAGAAAUUGGUGAUGGAUGAUGUUAGUGUUGAUAGGAUUGGUGGGAAUAAGGAUGAUGCAGAUAAUGAAAUUGACCACGGAUUUAAUGAAUUUGAUGAGGAAUGUAAUGAUAUUAACCGGGAUUUUAAUGAAUUUCAUGAGGCAUGUAAUGAUAUUAACCAGGGAUUUAAUGAAUUUGAUGAGGCAGCUAAUGACUUUGAUAUUGGAUUGUACCAACAGAUUUUACAGUCUAAUGAACAGAAUGUAGAUGAUGAGGUUCAUGAAGGUGAGGAAAAUACAGUUAAUAAGGAAGUCACUGAAGAAGAGAAUCAUGACAGAAAUGAAAUGAAUGAUGAGAAUGUAGAGAUGAGAGAUUUUGCAGUUGAUGAUGGAAGUGAAGAUAACAUAGAGAUUGAUGAAGACAAUACUGAAAGAAGUGAUGAGAGUGAGGACAGUGAUGAUAGUGAUUUCUGGGUGGAUGAAGACAACAUCAUCCCUGAUGUAGAAGUAGACAUGAGGGAUUUUUACAUGAAUAUAGAUCUUGAAGCAGAAUUUCUUGAAAAAAGAUUACCAAAGCAUAGAGAGAAUGACAGUGAUGAGGUCAAUGAAGAGUUGGGUGUUAUAGAUAAUGAUCAAUGGGAUUCAUUGGAUGAGGGUUCUGAUAUAGAUAGGAAAAGAAGAGCUGUAAUAAAGGAAUUGGGGAAGGAGACUAGGUGCUCUCAAGGUGAGAUACACAAGGGAUUGCAGACUGCCAUUUCUCAGUUGUUCCCAUGUGCUGAGCACAGGUUUUGCCUUAGGCAUAUACAUGACAAUAUGAGAAAAACAUGGAGAACUAAUGAGUACAAAGAACACUUGUGGAAUUGUGCUACAGCAACAACAGUACCAGAGUUUAAUCAUAGGAUGCAUCAAUUCAGCUCAUAUGAUGUAGAAGCUUAUAAUUGGUUGAAGCAGAUUCCCCCACAACAUUGGGCAAGAAGCCACUUCACAGGCAGAGCAGUUUCAGAUAUGCUUCUAAAUAAUCUUUGUGAAGUUUUUAAUAGCAAAUUGAUUGAGGGAAGGGACAAGCCACUGAUAUCCUGCUUGGAGUACAUUAGGGAGUAUAUGAUGAAAAGAAUAUGCAAUGUCAUAAAGGUUCAAAAGAAGUGUGUUGGUCCACUAACCCCAUCUGCAACAAAGAUCAUGGAGAAGAAUGUGAAUUGGGCAUCUCAGUACACAGUUAGGUGGAAUGGGUCAGAUAAAUACCAAGUGCAAGGGCCAUGGCAGGAUCAACAUGUUGUUGAUAUGGUUGAAAGAGUAUGCAGUUGUAGGAAGUGGGAAUUAACAGGACUCCCUUGUAAGCAUGUCAUUGCAGUCCUAAAUGACAAAGCAGAUAAUGGUGAGGAAGUUGGAGAACUGCACACUUAUGCCCACAGGGUGCACUGGCUAGAAACAUGGAAAGCAGCUUAUGUGUACAAAGUAGAGCCUAUUAAAGGUCGAGCAAUGUGGCCUAUAAGUGAAUGCCCAAUUAAAAUCACCCCUCCUAUACACAAAAAUCAGCCUGGAAGGCCAAAGAAAAAGAGGAGGCACUCUGCUGAGGAGAAAAGCCAGAAGAAGGGAGACAAUGUUGCUAGUGGUAGUGGGAGUCAAAGCAAUAUUGCUAGUAGGAGUGGAAAGCUUACAAGAAAGUUUAUCCAAGUAACCUGCAGCAAGUGUAAAAUUAAAGGGCACAAUGCUAGAACUUGCAAAGGCCAAGGGGGUAAGUGA